AUGCGCCCCAGCCCCAUCGAGGAGGCACUGAAAAAUGCUGCCGGAGCGACCGCGGAAGACGGCGAAGUGAAAACCGAGGCAGAAGAAGACCUGAUUGAGUCUAUUGUAAAGGUCAAAAACGACAUAGAAGGUUGGCAGGAGCUAUGGGUCAUGAUGCUGCACAUCUUCCAAUCGACGCCAUACGACCUCUUCACCUGGGGCCUGAGAGAGUCAGACGAAGGAGAGAAACAGGUGCUCUACAAAUGCUUGUGCCAUCUUCUGCCUCACCCUCUGUGGGAGGGCGAGUGA